AUGGAUAAUACUGGCGGAACAAUGUGGCUGGAGAAUAAGCUUGGUGAGGAGAACUGGGUUCCUCCGCAGAUUAAUAAAAUUUUACGAGUUGAGAAUAUUGAAUCAGUUGUGGCUUCCUUUGAAACUUUGAAUGCAGGAAUACAAAUACAAAUUCUUCUGUCGAUGCUUCACUUAGAUCGAUCGAAAAUGGACGAGAUGGAUACGCAUUUCGAGAAAAUCAUUAACAUGGCUUUGAAAAACGCAGAUCAUUGGGUCCGCAUCAUCGCAGAAAUCCUAAAAUUCUACCCGCGCAAAUUCCAGUUUCACAAGUACAUCAGUUCCGUUGACAGUAGGCUCAGCUCGAUCAUCAAUGACCUGGUAGAAGCGGCGAAUGAAUCUCCUGACUCGCGCAUGCUCCCACUAGAAUGCAGAAUUGUUUCAAAAGAACUUCUCAAGUUGAUUUCCGACGCGCCUGAAAGAAAAGUCGAAAAGCAUUUUACGCUCAAGCGAAAACCGAAAUCCGCCGCUCUCCGACAAGAAUUGCUCCAACGAAGCCAGGACUACGCAUCACAGAUUCAGAAACAAAGCUCUAGAUCGCGCAUCACUUCUAGUUCGAGCAAAUACAUGGACAAAGAAGAUGGCGCGCAUCAGUUCGUGUCAAUUAGCAGCGGAAAGCGACAGAACUCGAUGAGAAGCACGAAUCAGAAAACUUCGCGUUCUGGAGGGACGAAAAUGCUCGACAUUGGCGAAGCGCCUCCUACCAUCAAGCAGAAAAAAACGAAGAAGGCCAAGAAAGAAAAAUCAUCUGCGGACGGCGAAGGAGCAUCGACCGAUUCCGAUUCAGAGGCGAAGAAUGCCGUGUUUCUCGAACGUCGAGAUUCCCAAAGCUCCAUUUCCAGCGGCCCGUUUUCUCCGACUCACUCUACUCCGGGAGGAACUCCUGGUGUCGGCCCAAUCUUCCAGGUUUCGGAAGAAAAUCGAUUGAAAAAGCGCCGUCGGGAUUCUGGCCGGCUCAAUUCUACCAACUCCGAGUCAUCGUCUGUCUCACCUUAUGCACAGCGGCGAACACCAGGGCAGAUAUCCACUCCACCUCAGCAGCCUUUCACCAGCCCUCAAACGAUGCAGCAGCUUGUUCCUGCAGCUACCCAGGGAUUCAUGCCACAGGGAGGUAUUUACGGCGACGGGCAAAUUUACCAAGAAGACCUUCCCCAUCCUCAAAGCCAACAGCAUCAGCAACAUCAAAUGCAGCAAGCUCAAGCGCAGCAAGCGGGUUAUGCUGCAGGAGAGACAAUGACACUUACGAUGGAAACGACUCAGCAACAGCCAUACGGUCAAACUAUCUAUGGUGAUCAACAGCAGCAAGAGUUUACUCCAAGUGCGCCGCAAGCAACGGCCCAAACUCUUCAAUUAAACCAAGAACAAAUGGCCGAGCUCCAAGAUAUUUUCAACUCCGCUCAAAACAUAAGCCAAGAUGACAAGUUUCUGAUCAUCCGAUUCAUGUCUGGCAACUUUGAGCGUCCAGAAAACAUCCCAUCAGUCCAUCGAAUACCGCUAUAUUCUGAGUUACACCAGCAAGCUCAACAAUUCGGCGACCAACAACAAGUCACUCAGUUUCAAGUUGAUAUGGCCCUUGUUGGGAGCAAGCGUUAUGAAAGAAUAAAUUUUCUCGGCGAAGGUACUUUUGCGACGGUUUAUAAAGCAAAGGAUCUUCUUGACCCGCAUGGACGAAUCGUCGCUAUCAAGAAAAUCAAGCUCGGUGAUCGAAGAGAGGCAAGGGAUGGAAUAAACAGAACUGCGUUGCGAGAAAUCAAGCUGCUUCAAGAGCUGAAGCACGAGAAUAUCAUUGAGCUCGUUGAUGUAUUUGGACAGAAAUCGAACAUUUCCCUGGUCCUCGAUUUCAUGGAGACAGACCUUGCUGAUCUUAUUCGAGACCAGAAUAUUAUGAUCACUCCUGCGCAUACGAAAGCAUUUCUGAUAGCAACUCUUCGAGGCCUCGAAUAUCUGCACAAGAAUUUCGUGCUCCAUCGAGAUUUGAAACCAGAUAACUUGCUCAUCGAUAUCCGAGGAGUCGUCAAACUCGGUGAUUUUGGUCUAGCAAAAGCAUUUGGCUCGCCAAGUCGAGAACUAACGCAUCAAGUCGUUACCAGGUGGUAUCGAUCGCCGGAAUUGAUGUUUGGCGCCCGACAGUACAGUACAGGGGUUGAUAUCUGGUCAGUUGGUUGCAUCGCAGCAGAACUUCUUCGUCGAAGCGCUCUUCUUCCAGGGGCUUCCGAUCUUGAUCAACUGUCUAAGAUCUUCGAUGUCUUUGGCACCCCUACUCAAGAAAAUUGGCCCAACCAUCACCUUCUUCCGGACUACUGCGAGUUCCGUUUCUGCCCAGGCAUUCCCCUUAGAGACAUCUUCACAGCAGCAGGAAACGAUCUCAUAGAGCUGCUGCAAGGAAUGUUUCAUUUGUGCCCUUCCAGGAGAUUAGAUGCUGCCCAGUGCCUUCAAUUGCCGUAUUUCUCCAACGAUCCCCCACCAACACCUCCCCUGGAACUGCCACUUCCACAAAAGUGCAAAGUCGAACAAGAAAAAGCGCUGAAAUCGGGACUCAUUGGCAAAAGAAAAGGGCUCGGAGCAGGUGGCCCCAUCGACUCAAAGAUCGCCAAGCGUCUGUUUUUCUGA